AUGCCCUCCUCCAGCCGGACAUACGAUGACUACACGGUUGGGUGGAUCUGCGCGUUACACAUCGAGCUGACGGCCGCCAUGGCGGUGCUCGACGUAGUCCACCCCUCUCUUCCACCGCGCGAUGGGGACGACAAUCAUUAUACCCUUGGCCAAAUCGGCCUUCACAAUGUCGCGGUCGCGUGCCUUCCGGCCGGCCAGACUGGCACGACCUCCGCUGCCACGGUCGCUACCCAGAUGAGAGCUACGUUCGGCUCCAUUGGAGUUGGAUUGUUGGUCGGCAUUGGUGGCGGAGUACCAAGUGACUUGCACGAUAUUCGACUUGGAGAUGUGGUGGUUGGAAUGCCCGGUGUGAGAUCCGGAGGGAUCAUUCAAUAUGACUUUGGAAAGACGGUCGCGGAAGGGAAAUUUGUGCACACCGGGUACCUCAACACGCCGCCCGUUGCGUUGCUCACGGCCAUGAAUACUCUCCGCGCACGUCUGGAGCUAUCGGGCGACGGUCAGGUUUUGAAAACCCUAAGCCCGAAUUUACCCGACAGCUUUUCUAAGCCGUCGUCCGCGCCAGAUCAGCUCUUCCAGGCGGAGUACGGCCAUGUUGCUGGGGCCUACACAUGCCAGGAAUGCGAUUCUAGCGAGGAGGUCGUCCGAGAAAAGCGGCCGCACCCGUCACCCAUCAUUCACUAUGGAACGAUCGCCUCUGGGAAUGAGGUCAUGCGGGAUGGCCGAACACGCGACAAGCUCAGGGAUGAGUAUGACGUUUUAUGCUUUGAGAUGGAGGCGGCGGGUCUUAUGAACACGUUUCCCUGCGCUGUUGUUCGAGGAAUUUGUGAUUAUGCCGAUUCACAUAAAAACAAACGAUGGCAGAGUUAUGCAGCUGCCACAGCUGCUGUGUAUGCCAGGGACCUGCUAAUUAUCCUGGAUAGCACUGCAUCUGCGAAGCCACGGAAAAGAAAGCCACAGCAAGACGAAUGGAACGUCGACUCCUCCACGAAGAGGCGGAUGUCUCAGGUAUUUAAGGAAGAGGAUGGUGAUGAUUCUGGCUGCAUUGCACGUUUCAGUCAAGCAUCUGGGCGCGAUCAUUCCACAGUCGAAGCCAAGUGCCUAGCGGCAUUUGAUGUGUGCGCGUACAAGGAGCAUAAAAAUAGAAACGAUCAUCGCUACGAAGGAACCUGUGAAUGGUUUCUCCAAGACCCCAAGUUCAUUCACUGGAGGGACAGUGCCCAGUCUUCUCUGCUUUGGGUAUCCGCUGAUCCUGGCUGUGGGAAGUCAGUUCUGGCUAGAUCGUUGGUUGACGGAGAGCUUCAGAUGUCAACACAGCGUACGACCUGUUUUUUCUUCUUCAAAGACGACAAUCCCGAGCAAAGCUCAUUAGAAAAUGCCCUUUGUGCAAUUCUCCAUCAACUCUUUUCUGCACAUCGGAACCUCAUUAAAUGCGCGUUGCCUGAUUUCAAUGCGGACGAGGUCAGCUUUGUAAAAUCAGCGCACAGGUUAUGGGAAAUACUUCUAAGUGCGAUUAGCAAUACAGAUUCCACCGACUUGGUUUUUAUAAUCGACGCCUUGGAUGAGUGUGAAAAGAGAGGCCGCCACGACCUGAUCGAGCGUCUUACAUGCCUCCACAGCGAGGCAGACAAACGAUUCAGUAGAGCCAAAUUCUUGGUAACCAGCCGUCCGCACUCGGACAUCGAACGGCGAUUUGAAAGCUGCCCGUCCAUUCGUUUAGCUGGGGAGGAAAAGAUAGGGAAAAUAAGUGACGAGAUAGACGUCGUGAUCACAGAAAAGCUCAACCAGUUACAGACUUCUCUUGAUCCAGAAAUACAAAGAUAUUUGAGCGAGAAACUUCAGAGUGCAAAGCAACGGACAUAUCUGUGGGUGAGACUUAUCUUCCAAAUGAUUGAGGAAGUCAUUGAUGAGCGAUAUUAUCUUACGGAGGAGGAUGAGGAGGUCAGGGAACUGUUCGAAAGCCUGCCGGCAAGCGUUGACCAGGCAUAUUCGAAUAUUCUCCAGAACACAAAGAAGAGCGGACCAGCGGUGAGAAUCCUAGGGAUUGUGCUAGCGGCAACGAGACCACUUACUCUGAGGGAGUUGAACGUUGCCCUCUCAUUAAGGGGCAAAGAGUUCAGUCCCAUGGAUGUCCACCUUGUUCCAGAAAGGGAGUUUCGCAUCCGAGUUCGAAACCUAUGCAGUCUCUUUUUGACCGUCGUCGACUCCAAGGUCUACUUAAUACAUCACACAGCGAGGGAUUUCCUCAUGUCUACCGCUCUGCGAGCAGGUGCAGCCAGUAGUUGGAAAGGUUCAAUUAGCCUGAGCCAGAGCCACCAGAUAAUCAUGAGCCAGUGUACCCUUUACCUGCGGAUGCCAUUCUUUAACGCCCAGAGGAUUAUCAGGGAUCAAAUGUUAGAGCUUCGUCAUCGCCCGUGGAGUGACGACAUUGCCGAAGAUACCCAUCCGUAUCCAUUCCUGGAUUAUGCGGCGAAGAAUUGGGUAAACCAUCUUCAUGAGUCUGGCGGUCUACCGUCAGAGUCUAUUCUGCUCCAGGACCUUUGCCUUACACGGUCUCGUAGGUUUCAAACAUGGUUCCAGAUAUACUGGUCAUCUAAAAAGUCUCGGUGCCCUCGCGGCCUUACGGACCUUAUCGCUGCUGCGUAUUUUGGCUUUGCAGAUCGUGUCAAAGCCCUGCUGCAACAAGGAGCGAAUAAAGAUGAGAAAGAUUUAACUUAUGGCCGGUCUCCCCUUCUCUGGGCUGCUUAUAGCAACCAGUUUGCUGUGGUACAGCUUCUCCUUGACAACGGAGUGAAUCGUAAUCUUUCCGACCGUGAUGGUCGAACAGCAACUUCGCUUGCCGCAGAGGCUGGCGCUGCUGAUAUUGUGGCAAUACUGGUUCGCAUGGAUAGCGACUUAACCUUGAAGGAUCUCAACGGCUGGUGCCCUUUGAUGUGGGCAGUGGAUAGGGGACAGAUCUCGGUAGCCAAGGUUCUAAUGGAUCAUAAAGUCGACAUCAGCUCCCACGACCGCUACGGCAAAACAUCUUUGUGGGUGGCUGUAGAGAAGGGCCAUGAUGUCUUACUGGAGGCUCUCCUGCAACAAGGAGCAGAUCCGAACAUUCGGGUCGGCUUCGAUCAAACUCCAUUAUCCUCAGCUAUCGGGAAAUGCCAGCGGAGGAUGGUGAAACUUCUCUUGGAUCACGGUGCUGACGUCAAAUCCACGAUUGGCUUCGGCACAACCACGGUUUGUCUAGCAGCGGAAAGGGGGGAUCUCGAGAUAACCAGGCUUCUCGUCCAAAAGGGUGCUGACCCAAGCGCUCCCGACCGAAAUGGCCAGACAGCUAUUAUGAUUGCUGCCGAACAUGGCCAUGAAGGAGUUUUCAACUACUUGCUCCAAAAGGGUGUGGGCCUUGAUUCUGGCGGCCAAACCCCAUUGUUCGCGGCCUUAAAGAAUGGACACGACGGCAUCGCCGAUCGACUGAUUCGCAACCUCAAGGCAACUCCCUCCGGUGCAAGUAUUAUUAGAAAGACUAUGCUGCAGGCUGUAGCUCAGGGACUUCAGAAAACUGUUGAAUUGCUGUACUUUACAGCAUUGGACAUUGGAUCCCGACAAGAAUGUGCCAUGGAGGCCCUGAUGUCAAGUAUAUCAUCGCGACAUAUGUCGACAGUAACAUUCCUACUUGACCAAUUGCUAGGGAUCAACAUGCAGGAUUAUGGGGCAAUGGCUCCUAUUUUCAUGGCUAUUGAGUAUGGGAACUAUGAACACGUUCAAAGAGUCUUUCAGGACAAAGUUAUUAAGCACCACAACACCGACAACACCGAGGAAACAACCCAAUUUGAGGAAACAGCAAUUGAUCGCAGAUCGGCCAUCAAUGACCUCUUGCAUCAUGGUUGGGAGCCAGCCCACCGUGACAAAGAUGGCAAUACGAUGCUAGAGGUCAGCAUAAUCCAGAACUGGUACCCAAGGAUCGCCUGGGAACUGCUACAACUGCGAGUAUUCCCAGUAGAUGUUUUGGAGCGUUGCGCCCGUCGAUGCGUCAGAGAAGGUCACGCGACUGCGUUGAAAGCUCUUCUGCAAUACUCUCCUGACAAGAUACUGGAAUCCCAGAUUAUACCCGACCUUUUCAAAGAGGCAAUUGACAAAGAAGAUGUUGGUACAAUUACCCUGCUUACCAGCUUUCGGGUCAGCAGCAAUAGUAAACUUCGCAGUCUUUACCUCCGCGCAAUAAAGGAUGGUUUAGUCGACAUGACUACUAUUCAGAUCGAAGAUGAGGGGUUCUCGCAGUCUCAAUUAAAUGAACUUCUUUCAAUCGCCUGCGUGCAGUCUCGGGCAGGGAUAGUCAAGGCUUUGCUUCGCGCAGGCGCAGGCGCCAAGAAAGAUAGCGACGAUCCUAACGUCACGGAAGCGUUGAACACUUCCAUGAAACAUAACGACACCCGUAUCAUGCAGCUAUUAUUGAAAGGUGGGACAUAUCCUACGAAACAGCUGGAAGGGGUCAUGCUGUGGGCAUGUCAUCAUGGCUUUAUCGAAAUUGUGGAAACACUACUGCACGGUGGUGUCUGUCCUACAUAUGUGAACGAACAAGGAGAUAGUCCUGUUUCCAUGGCUUUAAUGGGUCAGCACGAUGAUAUUGUGAGCCUGCUUAGUACCUGGAUGGAUGGCCCCGCCACAGCUAAAGGGGAUGAGACGAAAGCGAAUCAAGAGCGAAGCAACCCCAAAGUCUGGUCAGCAACUUCAAAGAGUAUGGGAAUAGUGGAUACCACGCGAAUGGAGAGAGGCUACCGGGGGCAAACAUCCAUGAUGUUUACAGCCAUUCGGUUCGAUAACCGCGAUCUGAUAGCCGACGUGCUACAGUCAGGGUUUGCCAAUCUUGAUCUUGAUGACGAUGAUCGACGGACAAACUUGUUCACACCACUCACUUGGGCAGUGUGGUCUGGCAACUUGGACAUUGUCCAGAUGCUGCUCAAUAGCGGGGCUAACCCCAACGCCUGCGGCUCAUUCGGGGAAACAGCUGUUUCUCUAGCUAUCCGUGCCCGCCAGGAGCUCAUUUUAAAGGUUCUCAUCGACCACGGUGCGUACUGCAACUUCCAGGAUAAAUGGGGAAAGACUCCGUUGGUUUGGGCUGCACGAUAUAAUGCUCCUAUGAUUGCACUCCUACUGCAACGGGGGUUUAAGAAUCCCGUACGAUAUAUUUCAUAUUCCAACACUUAG